AUGGAUGGUGAGUUCUUAUUGAUGGGCUGGUGUGUUUGCGGGAUUAGUUCUCUGCUCCGUGGGCUUGUAGCCAAUAGACACCACGUGGAAAGCAAACAAGAAGCCACGUCCAAAUUCUUGUUAUCUGAAGUAACCAGAAAACUGAACGAUUCGAAUCCACUCGGUGAAGUUUCUCUUGCAUUUUCCUUCGUCUUCUUAGUCAGCUUUCUCCCCUCUGAGAGAAUUCAAGAGAAACAAACCCAAUGGUUUGAUCGACGAAACUCUCGUUUCUUGGAAAUGGGUUUGUGGGAUUCCUUCCUCAAUUGGCUCCGGAGCUUAUUCUUUAAACAGGAAAUGGAGCUUUCCCUCAUCGGCCUGCAGAACGCAGGAAAGACAUCUCUUGUUAAUGCCAUUGCUGCAGGAGGCUUCAGUGAGGACAGGAUUCCAACUGUGGGAUUUAACAUGCGAAAAGUCACAAAAGGGAAGGUUACAAUUAAGCUCUGGGACCUUGGAGGGCAACAGAGGUUUCGUACCAUGUGGGAACGUUACUGUCGUGGGGUCGCUGCAAUACUAUAUGUAGUAGAUGCUGCUGAUAGGGAUGGUGUUCCAAUAUCUCGAGUUGAGCUACAUGACCUCUUAGAGAAACCUUCACUGACCGGAAUUCCUUUGCUUGUUCUCGGUAACAAAAUUGACAGGUCAGAAGCUCUUUCCAAGCAGGCACUAGUCGAUCAGUUAGGUCUUAACUCAAUCACAGAGAGAGAAGUUUGCUGCUACAUGAUCUCCUGCAAAGAAUCUGUAAACAUAGAUGUUGUCAUUGAUUGGCUCAUCAAACACUCAAGAACAACGUAA